CAAACCUUUGACCCCUUGUGAUUUAUUUAACUUUUUUGCUGACUAGUUUGAACCAAAAGCUAACGAGUUUUCCUAAUAACUACAGGACCCCUACUGGGAAUGCGACACAUUCAAACCCUGUUGAUUUUUUUCAACAUCACGUGCUUGUACAUCGGUCGACUGAAUGUGGGAGUAUCCGUAGUGGCGAUGACGAAUGCCGAUUCUACUAAUCCGGAUUUUCCAGAAUACGAUUGGACUUUGACCCAGAAGUCGUAUAUAUUAUCCAGCUUCUUUUGGGGAUACAUCAUCACCCAGUUCCUGGGCGGAUAUUUGUGCAAGCGCUAUGGAGUCAAGAGUGUCAUGCUCUGGGGCUCCUUAGCAUCGGGUAUCUUCAGUGCUUUGACUCCGCUCUUCAUAGGAUUUGGUGGAUGGCAAGCCUACUGCGGCAUUCGAGUCCUGAUGGGAUGUGCCCAGGGCCUGAUUUUUCCCUGCAUCCAUCAGCACUUGGCCAGAUGGUCACCGCCGGCGGAGAGGAAUCGCCUGGGAGCCCUCAGUCACACUGGAAUUGAGUGUGGCAACGUGUGUGCCAUGUUCUUCAGUGGAAUGAUAGCCAAAAGUGCAAUUGGCUGGCCAGGAAUAUCGUAUGUCUCUGCAGGAUUAGCCUUCGCCUGGUGUGCGUUUUGGUUCGUUUUCGCUGCUGACAAUGCAGCGGAAUCUCGUUACAUAACCCAAGAAGAACUGCACUAUAUCGAAUCGUCACUGACGCACAAUGAAAACUAUCACAAAACAGUCAUUCCCGUUCCCUGGAUGGCAAUAUGGACCUCGGCACCGUUUUUUGCUCUUAUGGUGGCGCGUUGCUGCGAGACCUGGGGUCUGAGCACCCUGCAGGCCCAGAUCCCAACGUACAUGAACGGUGUUCUGGACAUGGACAUGAAAAGCAAUGCAUUCUUUUCGGCGUUACCAUUUCUGGCCAUGUGGAUUAUGUCGUAUGUGUACCUGAUAACCGCCGAUGUUCUGCUCGCCGGAAACAGGCUGAGUUUAACGGCCCUCAGGAAGACCUUCAACUCGUUGGCCUUCUGGAUUCCUUGUGCCACUUUGAUUGGAAUCGGGUUUCUGGAUCAGGAACAAAAGAACCUGGCCAUUGCUUUGAUGACUAUCAGUGUAGGUUUCAACAGUGGAGCAACAAUCGGAAGUUCCUUGAACACUAUAGAUCUAUCCCCGAAUCAUGCGAGUAUUCUUAUGGGUAUUGUGAAUACGGCUGCGAAUGUAGUGCCUAUAGUAACCCCUCUGGUAGUUGGAGUUAUUGUUCACGAAGACGUAAGUUUAGACUAUUAUGGUUAUAAUAAAGUAAUCAUACUAUUUUUCUUUCAGAAAAACCGUGCUGAGUGGCAGAUAGUGUUUAUUAUUGCGGCAGUAAUUUUCUUUGUCGGAAACUGUGUGUUCCUGUUUUAUGGAACGGCUGUUUCACAACCCUGGGAUGCUGAAGAUUACCUCACAGUAAAGGUACCAGAGCUAGCUAUAUCUCCAGCUAUCCAAGAAGCUGGUAAAGGUGUUGAUGGACCUUCUAAGAAGUCCUUGAUAUAAAAGUUCCAGUAG